CUAACGGGUGUUCUAACGUCGACACAACACCAGGAUAAAGCGUGAACUCCGGCUCGGUGUUGUAUUGGUUAAGCAGUGGUGAUCCUAGGCUUGUCGAAGCGAGAGCAACGCCCACAGAAAGCUGCAAAAAGACGCGUUUCCGCUAAAAUCCAACCGUCUCAUCCAACUUUUGCCUCAGGGAUCAAGAACCGAUGUUUAGAUGAUGAAUUCUGAAAUUCUACCCAUAAAUGAAAACAGAAACACUAACGCGGGACCAAACAUGGCGUGAGGACACUGAAAAUACUUUUACAUCAGUAAUAAAGGAGGCAUCAUGGCAGGACAGGAGGACAUGAUGGGCCAGGAGGACUGGAGGGAGAAGUGUUUGGUUCUGGAGUCACUGCUCAUGAAGUUCAGAGUCCAGAUCGUCAAGAUAAGAGAACUCACCGCAGACAAGAUUCAGCUGCUGGAGACUCAGGUGGCUGAUGCAGAAAAGCGAGCCUUCGCCACCCAGGAGCAGCUGCAGUGGAUGGAGGAAAAGUUCAAAACACCAGACGGUCAGCUUGGAGACUCUGAGAUUAAUUUGUUUAAGCGGUGCCAGGAGCUGCAGGUCUUAGUGCAGAAAAAAGAGGACAUGAUGGUCCAGCUGGAGCAGCAGCUGGAGGAGCAGAAACAGAGUCGACUUCAAGAUGCCAAAUUUGUGGAGGAGAAAGCCGCAAAGAUCAAGGAGUGGGUGAUGCUGAGGUUGUCAGAGUUUGAGGUGGAGAACGCAGCUUUAAGAGAAGCCAACCAGCAACAAAAGGCUCAGGUCCUGGAGCUGCAGAAGCAAGUGCAGGCCUUUGAGCAGACGAUGAGCGGAGGUCAGGGAGCCCUGGGAAAGCCAGGUGAGGGGCAGCGCCUCAGCAGCCUGACAUUCGGCUGCUUCCAGGUGAGGGGCAUAAACCCACAGGUCCUUACGGGGCCUGCACCAUCCCAGAAGACCCUCAGUGCACAGGAAGACACAGAAACACCCUGCAACACAACAGAGAAGCAAACAGGACCCUUGGAGACAAAUGGUGAGAUUAACAGACCAGACCCAAGUGGACCAGCGUGUUCUCCACGGGAGAACCGUUCUGAGGGUGUGUGUGGACCUGAGUCAUCUUUACCCUUCAGCACUGCUUCAGAGGCGGACAGUGUGUGUGAGGGCAAAGGGGGAGCAUGCAGGUUCAGCCGGCUCAGCAGCGAGACCUUCCUGACUGCUUCUGAUGACAGCAGCUCUCUGUUUGAUGAUGACAUGCAGCAGGCAGAGCGGCCCGGCUUCAGCCUGCUUGACUCAUCAGACGGAGCUCCAGCAGAGUGUCUGAGCGAGGACGAGGAGGACCCAAAGGCUGGGCUGGACACCUGCACCUCAGAUGAGCUCAACAAAAGAUUCCAGACUCAAAGACUAGACUCCUCAUCUUCCACCAGCGAACCCACCUCCUCCAGCUUCGUCCUCCCGCUGACUCUCACCCCAAAACGACCCAACACGCCUCAGGACCCGAGGGACGACCCCGCCUCGCCAAAACAGCCCCGCCUGAGAGUACCAGUGGGGUUUGGAUUACUGAGUAUGUCCAAGAAACACCUGAGCCAGCCAUCAGUUAGCAGCGAGGCAGCACACGGCCAGACACGUAACGCCCUCAGCAUGCUCCGCCCCCUCCAGACACAGGAAACCGAGUUCGAUCAGCAGCUGAAGGAAGGCGUAGAGCUGAACAGCGACACACUGACCCAAAACCCCUCCAGCUCACAUACACUGCUCACCAUAUCUGCUGAGACAUCGUCUGAACCCGAGACAGAAAUGAGCUCAGAGAGGUCAGACCCAGAGGCCUCAGCAGCUGGCAUCAAGCCUCCGACUCCCCCUCUGCGUAGACUCCCCUCCUGGGAAAGUCGUAUCUAUGCUGUUGCUAAAUCAGGAAUCAGACUCUCGGACACGUCAGGAUCAGACCCCGCCAACAAGAACCCCCUUUUGCAGGCCUCCUAUCCGGCCUUCGUAAUGUACACAUCACUCAUCUACGAAAACAUGACCACACCGGUGUACACCACAGCGAAGGGGAAAGCAACUCUGUUGAGCAGAAGUUCGUUCUCAGAUGAAUCAUCCAGCUCCGACGAGUCCUCCAGCUCCGGAGAGGAGGAGGGCUCUCUCUGCAGUUCCCCCUCUUCCUCCAGCUCCAAGAUGGACAGCAGCCCAGGCAGCUUGCAGUCUCUUAAAAGAGCUGUGUCCAUGGCUUCGAUGACCUCAGAGAGCGACUAUGCCAUCCCGCCCGAUGCCUACUCCACUGAUACAGAGCUCUCUGAGCCUGAGCAGAAGCUGCCUAAAACCUGCAUCUCAGCCAGCAACAACAGCAGCAGCGAGCCGAUGGAGAAGUCGGGAUAUCUGCUUAAAAUGGUCAAAACCUGGAAGAGACGUUGGUUCAUCCUCAAAGAUGGAGAGCUGCUCUACUACAAGUCACCUAGUGACGUCAUCAGAAAACCUCAGGGUCAGAUCAAAGUCAACGCCACCAGCAGCAUCACCCGCGGAGACGGGAAACAGCUUCUCCAGAUCGUGACGGGGAAACACGUUUACCACCUGAAGGCUGACUCUCCUAACCUGCUGGAGGAGUGGCUGCGCAUGCUGCAGAGUGUCCAGAGGGUGAAGGCCGCCUGUCCUCUCUUCACGCAGUCCGAUAUUCGUCCUGACAUGAAGGGACUUCUCGUCAAGGUGAAACAUGGCCACUCCAAGCGGGUUUGGUGUGCUCUGAUUGGUAAAACGUUGUACUUCUUCCGCAGCCAAGAGGAAAAGUUCCCUCUGGGUCAGAUUAAGCUGUGGGAGGCCCGGGUGGAGGAGGUGGACAAGUCAAGAGAGCUAGAUGAUGACCUGAAAGCAUGUGGGCGGAGCUUAGACCUAGCUUCAUUCAUCAUCGCCAUCCAGCCGCAGGAGCAAACUCCAGUCUACCUACUCCUGGAAUCUCGCCAUGAAAUGGACUCGUGGCGGUACCAUCUGUCUGUGGCAGCGGGGACCGCGGUGGGAAACGUCGGCACCGAGUUCGAACAACUGGUGGGAAAACUCUUCCAACAGGAUGGCGAUCCAAAUUCCCAGAUUUGGAGACAUCCUCUGCUGUGUUUCAGUAAGAAGGCUCUGUCGUCCCCUCUCACCACUCUGCCUUCACCGGCGCUGCAGACAGAGGCAUUAAAACUCUUCAAGACUUGUCAGCUGUUUAUCAACGUGGCGAUCGACGCUCCAGCCAUCGACUACCACGUCUCUCUGGCUCAGAGCGCCCUGCAGGUGUGUUUGGCCCACCCCGAGCUUCAGAAUGAAUUAUUCUGUCAGCUCAUCAAGCAGACCCGCAUGAGGCACCCCUACCUUCAGCCCGGACCCCUGCAGGGCUGGCAGUUUCUGGCCUUGUGUGUUGGCCUGUUUCUGCCUCAGCAUCUGUUCUUCUGGCUGCUUCAGGUUCACCUGAAACGACACGGAGACUCCAGGACCGAGGUUGGGAAGUACGUGGUCUACUGUCGGCGCUCGCUGGAGCGGACCCAGCAGAAGGGGGAGAGGCAGGCCAGGCCGUCCCGUAUGGAGAUCCUGUCCAUCCUUCUGAGGAAUCCCUACCACCACUCUCUGCCCUUCAGCGUCCCGGUUCACUUUCUCAACAACACGUAUCAGGUGGUGAGCUUUGAUGCUUCAACAACAGUGGAUGAGUUCCAGAGUCGCCUGAACCAGGACUCCGGGAUGAGGAAAACGGGCCUCUCUGGCUUCAGCCUGUACACCGACGACCCCACGGGGCGACACCUGGAGCACUGUUUGCUAGGAAACAUCAAGGUUUGUGACAUCAUCUCCAAAUGGGAGCAGGCCUCGAAAGAGCUGCACUCUGGGAAGUCUGAAAACACCAGAACCAUCCGACUCACCUACAAGAACAGGCUGUACUUCUCUGAUCAAAUAAGAGGAGAGUCAGAGCGGGAGAGGCUGCUGCUGGCGUAUCAGACCAACGAAGCCAUCAUCGCCGGACACUUUCCUGUUAACAAAGAACUGGCUGUAGAAAUGGCCGCCCUGCUGGCACAGGUGGAGUUUGGAGAUUUCGGUCGUCCUUUUUCUGCUUCUGGAUCAAACCAAAGCAAAUCCUAUCAAACGAUGAAACAAGUGCUGGACAGAUUCUACCCUAAACAUUACAGACGGACUGUUUCUGAGGAGCAGCUCAGACAGCUGCUGCAGCAUCUGUCUGCGCGGUGGUCCUCCCUCAGAGGUCGGAGUUCAUCAGAGUGCGUCAGGAUCUACCUGACCGUUGCCAGGAAGUGGCCCUUCUUUGGUGCUAAACUGUUUCAGGCCGUGUGCGUCACUUCUUCCCUAGAGCCGAAUGCCAGUGUGUGGCUGGCUGUGCACGAAAACGGGAUCAGCGUUCUGGACCACAACAGCAUCAAGCUGCUGCUGUCCUACUCCUAUAAGAACCUGAUGACCUUUGGAGGCUGCAAGAAAGACUUCAUGCUGGUGGUGCGUCACUGCAGCGGCACAGACCCCAGCAAGGACAGACCCACAGAGAAGCUUCUGUUUGCAAUGGACGCUCCCAAAAUAAGGGAGAUCACCCUCCUCAUCUCCAGUUACAUCAACAGCGCUCAUCAGCAAAAGGCCAUCGCCCACCAUCUCUCCGCCCCGGCUCUGAUGGUGGCGCAGCCCAUCAGCCUGAAAAGCAAAGACCUGCGGAGCAAAUCUCCUCCUCUGGAACAUCCCAGCAAAGCUCCCACACGGCUGUGACGACACGCAAAUAUGAGUCUCCAUUAAUUAGAUUAACAAACUAUUUACCGGCAGGUUCCUAAAGACAGACUCCACCUGAACAUUCCUCACCUUUUUUCUAAAGCAGCCGUAAAGUUCCCGAGGAGCCGAGCACUUCAGUAGAAAACGAGCUAAGAGGUUUUGUUUACUUCAGCUUUGUGUCAAAACACUCGGGACAUUUCCAGCUGUUGUUGGUGGGGUUUAAAGGGCAAUCUUUACAUUCCUUUAGUUAAAAACCAGGGUUCUUACAGGUGCUUGACGUCAUUGAAAAUGCAUUUAUUUUUACAAGGUUUUGUUACUGUAACCUAUAUCGGCCGUAGUACAGUCAAGUUUAUUUAUAUAGCACCAAAUCACGACGAGUCGUCUCAAGAACCUUCUCACAGUAAACAUUCAGGGGCCUCAUUUGUCAAGCUUGCUUACGCACAAAACGGGGUCCAAGCAGACUUUGGGAUUUACUGUAUGAAAGAAAACGUAGCGGAAAAAUGUGCACAACUUUAAGUUGACUAAGGACCUGGCUUACACACAUGUUGGACGUGGAGAGCACCUGCAGUGCUGCUGCUGAGAAGAAACAUUUAUGAAAUCCUGCAGCAUUAUCACUUGUACUGCUUCGUUUUCACACAGAACAAGACCCCCCACACGCACGCACGCACACACACACACGCACACACACACACACACACACACACACACACACACACACACACACACACACACACAGCCUGAAGCGCAGAAUGCUGAAUAUCAGCAGGGGGACAGACUGAGACAGAAUGUCAUGCAUCUGUGACAGUGUGUGUCCUGUCACUGUGACCCGAUUGAUCAUGCACCCUGGCUACUUGGACAGGGGAGAUUUCUGUUUGGGUGACCGGUUAGCAUGCAUAACUUUCACCUGGGAGUCUGGGGAUCGAAUCCAAUUGGAACAUUUCUUUUUUUAAAUCCGCCACAGAUCUCCCUGAUGAACUCACAGCAUUGACGGCUUCAGCAACGCUGUGCCACUCUGAUGAUUUUCUCUUAUUUGUUAUGCCACUGCUGUGACCUCCAAAAAGCACUUCCUUUCACUUCUCCACCUCACCCACAAGUACCUCAAUUUCUGCUUGUGUGAAAUUGCGCUUCCUUGAUCUGCUGUCGCCAUGUCAUUGAAGGAGCGCUGCAACAGCUGGCUUAUGUAUAUGCAUGAGAGCCACAAGGCACUUUGCAUUGACUAUUUAUGGCAGUAAGUGGGCGUGGUGAGGGCGGGAUGUGACUAAAGUGCAGCUGAGAAACAUUCCCGUUAGUCUCUGAUUUAUGAAGCGGAGAUUGCGUGCAGCUGUGUGUACUCCAUGUUUGAUAGAUCGCAAACCUACUUGGCGUACAUACUUUUUUUUUUUUUGCUGAGCUUAACUACGGUUUUAGUAAGGAUUCUACCAAUGUUUGAUAAAUGAGACCCCUGGUCAUUAAGCCCAUCAGUAAAAGUUUCCUGUGUGAGGAACCCAGCAGGUUGCAUCGAGUUGCUGACGGUUACCUUUACAAGAAAAUAAAGUAAAGUUAGUAGCAUUUAUGUGCACUAGAAUAAAAGUCCUAAUCAUUUCAUGGUCAUUUUAUGCUAAUCCUGAUGUAAAAUUUGAAUUAAAUAUGAGGAAAUACACAUAAAGCAUCGGUGAAAUAAUUUUAUUUUAGAUUUAGCCUCAUUAUAAUGUAAAUCAUACACGGUGCAGGAAUAUGUCCCAUGGGAAGUGCUUGAAUCGGAUCUUGGCAAUGGUGUGAGAGCCCUGUAAAGUAUAUUUAACAGUAUACAGUAGUGUUGAAACUUCUGCCUGCCUUCAUGUCGCCUUAAUAAACCAACAGGAAGUUACGCUUGUGUGACAUAUUUGGUGUUUAGGAGGAAAGAGAAACAGGAGCUGUGAGGUUUCAGUUCAGUUUGCUUAUCUCUGCAUGCAUGGCUAAUGGAAUUUUUCAUUUGCAUUGGAAAAUUGCUUCGGGCAUCACUGGCAGCAUAAAGAAGCUGAACCAGAAUCAGCCAGAUGUAGCGAAGGUUAGGGAGGUAAAAAAUGGUUUGAUAUCAGAUCAUAUUGUUUCCUGUCUAAAUCAAGUUCUUGAUUAAACCGUUUUUCCAACCAAA